AUGAAGGCCUUUCCGAAAUUGAGUCUGGUUUUGUCUCUCUCAAGCCUGGUGGCCGCGAGUGGUGGCAUUAACAGCUGGGCCGGUUGGGGAGGGUCACACCUGAACAACCACUGGGCAGAGGGGAACCGCGAUCUCAGCUCGAGGAGCAUUGCCUCUUUAUCACUGCACUGCAAAAUCCCAGACCCAGUCGGCCAAAGCGCGCCGCCGGCUAUCAGAGGCAGCUAUGCUUACUACCCGACAUACAAUGGUUCCUUCAUCGCCCUCAACUACAAAACAUGCGAGAUAAAAUGGAAUCUCAACGUCACACAAGUCAUUGCCGACUAUGCGCCCAUCACACCCUUGCAGCUGCUGGUAUCCGUCGCCGUGUCGAGGACAUCGCCGCAGAUCGACGCCGCCAACAAAAUCCUCUUCUUCGGCACGCAGAUCCACGCGCUCGUCGUGGCCGCGGACCUCGACACGGGCACCGUCCUCGGCGUGCAGCAAGUCAACCCACACGAGCUCGCCACCAUCACCUCCAGCCCGACCCUCUACGACAACACCCUCUUCGUUGGCGUGUCCAGCGCCGAAGAAAACGCCGCCUACUUCACCAACGGCACUUACCCCUGCUGCAGCUUCAUCGGCAACGCCGCCGCCUUCCACUUCACCCGCACCCACACCAGCGGCACCACUACCACCAUGGGCACCACCCCGCACCGCCUCCAAUUCACCACCCUCUGGAACAUAACCACCAUCCCCACCAACCUCCCCCCCCCACCCCUCACCCCCGGCGAAGCCGGUCCCCCCCUCCGCUGGUCCGGCGCCGGCAUCUGGGGCAGCCAACCGCCGAUCGACGUCGCCCGGCACCAGAUCAUCUUCGCGACGGGCAACACAUAUACCGUCCCCCAAGCCUUCUUCCACUGCGCCGAGGCGGGCGCCGACGAGCACUGCUUCCCGUCCUACGUCUGGCAGGAGUCGGUGUUUGCGCUGGACCUGCGCUCGGGCCGCGCCAACUGGGUGCGGCGGCUGGACGCCCUCGACGCGUGGACGCUGGUUUGUGGGACUGGGGAUUUGCCGAGGAAUGAGACGUUGUGUCCGUUUACGCCGGGGCCGGAUGCGGAUUUUGGGAUGGCGCCUGCGAUUGUGAGGGGUGGGGCGCGGGGAUAUGGGGAGGGUGGUGGGAGGAGGGAUUUGUUGACGGUGGGGCAGAAGUCGGGUGUGUUGUAUGGGCUGGCGGCGGAUACGGGCGCGGUGUUGUGGGUCGGUGCUGACGAGCCCGGGGGAUACGCUCGCGGGUUUGUCGUGGGGGGGUGGCGGCGGAUGAUGAGCGGGUGUAUUAUACCGGGCGUGAAUAGUGGGCAGCAGGAGUGGGUGCUGCAGCCGCAGAACAAGACGGCCGUAAACAAUAGUGUCAUUGGGGCGGCGUCGGGGGAACGGGACCGUUCGGAUACAUUUCGUCGGGCCCGGGCACCUUGA